UCACAUCACAUCUAGCCGCUCAGUCGAGAGGAGCCGAGAGGUGAUAGCUGCCGGCUCCAGGCCUCACGGUUAGGUCGCCUCAUAAUCAGGUGGCCUCACGGUUAGGUCGCCUCACAAUCAGGUGGCCUCACUCAGGUGGCCUUACGGUUAGGUGGCCUCACGGUUAGGUGGCCUCACGGUUAGGUGGCAUCACAAUCAGGUGGCCUCACGGUUAGGUGGCCUCACAAUCAGGUGGCCUCACAAUCAGGUGGCCUCACAAUCAGGUGGCCGCUCAAUCAGGUGGCCUCACAAUCAGGUGGCCUCACAAUCAGGUGGCCUCACUGCCAGGUGGCCAUGCGUCUUCUAUCCUGCUGCUGUAGCUGCUACACACUGCUACUGGUUACUGGUGUCUUCUAUAACUGUGCUUCCGCUGCCUCCGCGCUAGAACAACUGCCUCCAAAGUGCUGCCCUCAAGAUCAGGUGCUAGUAUACGAGGAGAACGGGACAACAUUCGCAUGCAGUUCAGAGGCCAUCACUGACAGAAUCCUCCUGCAUCCGCCAUUCCACAUGGACUAUUUCAGUGUCUACUUCCCUCGCCUACGCCACAAUUUCCCCAAGUGUUCAGAAGGUGAAACAUUGAUAUCAAUCAGAGCCGAGCAAGGGAACAAGAUUUCCUGCUUGGAUAAGGUUGUUCUGAUGAAUGGGGAGGAGAGGAAUGUUGGGCUGUUAUGUGUGGAGAAUAGGGAGAAUGUGGGGGAUGAUGAACUCAGUGAGGAGAGUUUCGAUGUACCUGAUGUGUUCACACUGAACAAGUGUUGUCCACUGGAGAGGAGCUACUCAGGAUAUGUGAACGGUUGUUGGGAUCAACGUGUCCCUGACAACAAAACAUACCUUCAAGGACUAGUUGUGGCCGUUCUGAAUGACUCACUCGGCUACAUAGAUCUUAAAAUAGGUGCACCAACCUGUAAGUCAAACGAAGUGCUCUACGAUUUCUUUGUCCCUUACAAGUUUGUGUUCCAGCUGGACAGUGAUGCUGUGAAACUGAGGAUACCGGGACGCGAGGGCUACUACGUGAUCCUCCCUCCAGAAAGUGUGUGUGUAGACUUUGUUGGGGAGGACCAGUUGAAUCUAGUCGUGAGGGCGUGCCAGGAUAGGACAGUUCUGUGCCAGAUUGAGGGCAAAACCUGUAUCAACAAGUGUUGUGCAGAUGGGGAGAAAAUGAUGGAUGAUGAUUUUUGUGGUGAUGUGUCCCGAUAUGACAGGUUUGAUCCGAUAAUCUACGAUGUGGAGACUAUUGAGAACAGUGAGCCUACACAGGUCAGGGUCAACCCUGCUAUAACGUACGGGAUAAAAUGUUCCAAAUACCUGCUAACACCUGAUAAGGAAGGGUACCUGGAUGACAAGCAUUACCUGACAACACGCGGGAAUCUUUAUUUCCCCAGUGACUCCAGCUUCAUAGACUUCUACUGCACUGACGUUGUCACUUCAAUGCAAAAGGGCAACGUUACUGUUAUGGGAACGUUCGUUUGCUUCGGGGAUGGAAACUCUAAUUACGCCAGCAAGUUACCAAUACGAGAUAUCCUCUACUUUGUCUAUGGUUUCGGCAUGAUCAUCUCCUGUUUCUCUCUAUUUUUGACGCUUCUAGUCUACAUGUGUCUGCCGUCACUCAGGAAUGUGCAUGGCAAGACGAUCAUGUGUUACAUUGCUAGUCUGCUGGUGGCAUAUCUGUGUCUCAUAUCAUCACAGAUCGGAUCUGUGUUGGGCAUUCUUAGUGACAACCUCCGGUGUAAAAUUGCAGGAUACGCUACCUUAUUUGCUUUUUUAGCAUCUUUUUCCUGGCUGAAUGUUCUCUGCUUUGACAUUUGGUACACAUUUGGGACAGUGCGAUCGUCAUUUAUAAGGAGCCACUCUACUAGCAACAGAUUCCUGCUGUACAACGUUUACUGCUGGGGCUAUUCAAGUGCUGUUAUAAUGGCGGCAGUGGGCACAGACUUGGCCGCCUAUCGGGGCAUUAUCAGUCACAAAUAUGUGUCCGAUGUGGGAGUGAGCCGAUGCUGGAUUAGCGCUCACACCAAUGGACUCUACGUCUUCUUUGGAGGACCGAUCGGAGUUCAACUCUUCAGUAAUAUUAUACUCUUUAUUUUGACAAUUAGUCACUGUUUCAAGGUGAAAGCAGAGUUAGCCAAGAUGCAAUACAACACUACAGUGAAAAUGAGAUACAAUCACGAUAAGAAAAAGUUGGUGAUGACACUGAAACUAUUCACAGUGAUGGGCAUUGGAUGGACGUUGGAAAUCCUGUCUCAAUUCUUGAAACCACUGCACCAAAUGUGGUUCCCGUCCGACGUUUUCAACAUUCUUCAAGGGGUCCUCAUUUUCGUGAUAUUCACAAUGAAAGAGAAGGUGAUACGUGGAGUCAAAUCCAAAAUGGCCGACAUUCUGCCCGGAAUUUUUGUGAAACCUGACAAAACGAGACCGUCUACAUUGACAUCAUCUGUGUUUACAACAAGUUCUUCUGAAUGUAAAAUGUCUGUUAACACCAAGUAAACAACACUGCAUCUUGUUUAAAAUUUCAGUUACCUUAAAGACUUGAACCAGCACUUGAAGAGUGUAGUUGAAUGUUGAAAAUGUAAUAAAAUAAAUUAAAACAUCAUAGCUUC